GCUGUUCGUCGUCCGGUAACACAGCAUGCGCCGCACACCAUACAGCCCAAUCACCCGCUUUAUGCUGCUUAUCUCGCCUGCGACUGAAAGCAAAGAUAUGCGUCUAUCAGUGCUAAGUCCCGACUUCCCAGACGGCGCUCCCACACAACUGUUUGGGGACCGAGCGUGGGGCAUCGCGGAGUUGGACCUUCAAACCAGCGACGACACAGUCGACUUCAUCUGUCUGUCGUACUCCUGGGGUCUUGGACGGACUCCCAGCCCAUUCCAUCCAACCGCGAUGGUUUCGGACAGGACAGAGCCAGCCGUGUCAGCGAUAAUUAUGCAGCGGCCGGCCUGCCAAAGGAUCUGGGUGGAUGCCUUUAGCGUGCCCGGCGAGGAGCACCCUGCCGAACGAGCAGCGACACUCGAGAGCAUGGGAUUCAUCUACUCGCAAGCUAUAGAGGUCAUUGUUGUGCUUACCGAACAAGCAUGUCCGGCCAUCGAGCAAAUCCGCCAGAGACGAGAUCUGUUGCCGACACACCUCGGCCUGCUUGAGAAGGAGGACUGGGUCACCCGGGCAUGGACAUACCAAGAAGCUGUAAACGCUAAAAGGCUUUUCAUCACCUGCGAAAACGCAGCCCACGGCACCAUUGUUGACUGCACUGAGUUCCUGUCAUACCUGGGCCACGCCCUCAUCUUACUUCCGCUUCCCGAGCGCGCCGGUUAUCCACGUCUCGACUCGUUCGAAGACGUCAUGACGGACUGGAACGUCGCCGGAUACCUGGAGCGGUCGGCUCUACAGGUUAUGUCCGCUAUGGACACCCGCUCUCAAACUCGGAUUGAGGAUCACUUCUAUGCCAUGAUUGGAGCCCUGUCCAACGAGCCGGCCAAGCCAGUGCAGCUCUUAAGUCCUUGUGAGGCGUUCAUCUCUCUGUGUGAGCGCAAGGGAGAUUACUCGUUCAUUUUCAGCUCGGUUGAGAGGGACACAACACUCGGACGGCGUUGGCGCCCCGUUGAUGACCCCAAGCUUCCCGCAAUCAUCCGACUGCCUAGCUGGGGAAAUGGUUUCCGUGGACGGGUCGAUGAUGGAUGUCUCAUCUUAGAAAACGUCGUCAUCCUGAAGCCGGCACCUCCUCUGCCGCAUCUCGACGCCUUCAUGAAGGAAUUUGUCGCCGGUUACCGACCGGACGGUGCUUAUGCUGGUCUGGACUUCGGAGAGGCAGCCUUUAAAGUCCUCCAGGAAUUGGGCUUUCGGGGGACUUCUGAGUAUGUCAGCACGGGAUAUGGUUUUUUCUUUUGUCGAGAACAACUACCCCAGCUGGACAGCGUUGAAAUUCUGGUCGCAGCGGGGAUAAGGUGGUGUCUUGGAGCGCCGGGGAUCGCCCGGUACACCCAGGACUCCGACAAGGAUGAAGUUUCGUUCUACGAGCCGGGCGUCUUUGUUGGGAGCAUGGUUGACCUAGAGGAUGCGCCCACCAUAGUCAGGCUGGUCUAGGCCGUUGCAGCGCCAAGGUACUUCGCAAAACUCCGGUCGUUGUCCUUGCCCUGCAUAUGCUGGGUCAGACCACCAGGUUCUAUAGCU